UGCAUCGCAGUUUCUGCAUUUCCGUCCCAGGAUCACGAUCGGCUGUCUGGAGCACCAUGGCCGAUAAAGCACAGCUACAGGAGGCGAUUAAAACACAAGGAGAGGUCGUCAGGAAACUGAAAUCAGAGAAAGCGAGUAAAGAGCAGGGCCCGUAGUGACAGGGUUGCUCACCACUUUUCUCCUGUUCUUCCUGCUUGUUGACGCGGAUACCACCACCACCAUCAUCAUCGCUGCACACCUGGAUUAUCCUCGCUGUUUCUGGGAUCCGAUGGUUCAUCUGCUUUUGGACUGUAUGGUAUUGUGAUUUUGGUGUGUGUUUGGACUGUACAUAAUGAACGCUCUGGGGCUGGUCUCCAUGCGGCUGUGUGCUGGACUCAUGGGCCGUCGGUCUGCUGUGAACCUGCCAUUUCUGCGCUUCUCCUCUGGAAUGACUUCAUCACAGAUUGAUGAAGAAGUGGCCAAACUGUUGCAGCUCAAAGCUCAGCUGGGAGGAGAUGAGGGAAAACAUGUGUUUGUUCUCAAGACAGCCAAGGGGACCAGGGACUAUAACCCCAAGCAAAUGGCUAUCAGAGAAAAGGUUUUCAGUAUCAUCAUCAGCUGCUUUAAACGCCAUGGUGCUGAGACCAUCGAUACCCCCGUCUUUGAGCUGAAGGAAACACUGACGGGGAAGUACGGCGAAGACUCCAAACUCAUCUACGAUCUGAAGGACCAGGGAGGAGAACUUCUGUCUCUGAGAUAUGACCUCACUGUCCCAUUUGCUCGCUAUCUCGCAUUGAAUAAAAUCACCAACAUUAAGCGCUACCACAUUGCUAAAGUGUACCGCAGAGACAACCCAGCCAUGACCCGGGGCAGAUACAGGGAGUUCUACCAGUGUGAUUUCGAUAUUGCAGGUCAGUAUGAUGCCAUGAUCCCUGAUGCAGAGUGUCUGAAAAUUGUCUACGAGAUCCUGAACGAAUUAGAUCUUGGAGAUUUUCGUAUCAAGGUGAAUGACCGACGCAUUCUAGACGGAAUGUUUGCUGUGUGCGGUGUUCCUGACGAGAAGUUCCGCACAAUCUGCUCCACAGUGGACAAACUGGACAAGAUGGCCUGGGAGGAUGUAAAAAAGGAGAUGGUGAAUGAGAAAGGUCUUUCGGAGGAUGUGGCCGAUCGGAUCGGAGAGUAUGUCAGCAUGCAGGGUGGACAGGAUCUGGCCGAGCGGCUGCUUCAGGACCCCAAACUGUCCCAGAACAAACAGGCCUUCGCUGGGCUCACAGAUAUGAAGCUGCUCUUCAGCUACCUGGAGCUCUUCCAGGUCACAGAUAAGGUGGUGUUUGAUUUGAGUCUGGCUCGAGGACUGGACUACUACACUGGUGUGAUUUAUGAAGCCAUUCUCUCCCAGACCAUCCCAGCGUCGGUGUCCACGCCCGCAGAGCAGAACGGGGCGGAUGAGGCUGGCGUGAGUGUUGGUAGCGUGGCUGGUGGAGGGCGAUACGAUGGGCUGGUGGGCAUGUUUGACCCCAAGGGCAGGAAAGUGCCCUGUGUUGGUGUCAGCAUUGGGAUUGAAAGGAUCUUUUCCAUCAUGGAGCAGAAGGCCGAGACAUCUUCAGAGAAGGUGCGCACCACUGAAACUCAAGUGCUGGUGGCCUCAGCGCAGAAGAACCUUCUAGAAGAGCGACUCAAACUGACCAGCGAGCUUUGGAACGCCGGAAUCAAGGCUGAAGUUUUAUAUAAGAAAAACCCGAAGCUGUUGAGCCAGUUGCAGCACUGUGAGGAAACUGGGAUUCCACUGGUGGCCAUUUUAGGAGAACAAGAGCUCAAAGACGGAGUCGUCAAACUGCGCAAUGUGGCCAGCCGAGAAGAAGUUGAUGUGCCCAGAGCAGAUCUGGUGGAUGAGAUCAAAAAAAGGACCUUGUAGUCUUAAAAACAGUCACCAUAUAGACGGAGGAGGACAGUGGACCCAUUUACCAAACGCUAAUUACAAAUGUGUCAGUAAUCAAACAUUGACAUUAAGGAGAAAACCUAUUCAGCUCAUUGCCUGCUCUUUUAAAAUGUGCUUGGAUUAUGUCCAAUCUAUCAAUAAAUGAGUAACGAAGA